AUGGCACCUUACAUGUCCUGGCGGAAGGCCGCUACUGUGGUGCUCUGCAUGGCCGGAGCUGUCCACUCCAUGCACAUUCCUCAUCAGCCGAGGCAGAUCCUCGUUCCAGUCAUUGGAGGUAUCAACAACAACAACCUCAACCAAGCUGCUCAACUCCUUCGCCUGCAGCGACUUCUGGCCGCCUUGAUCAGGGGAGGUCAGCUUACGCUCAUCACUACAACAACCACCAGCAGCACAAGCACUACUGCUACGGCCACAGCCAGCUUAACAACCACAACCAGUGAAGCCACUGUGACUGAGUCUUCCUCCAGCGCCACGGAGACUGCCACAUCUACCACAGAGACGGCAACAACAACUACAUCAGCCGCGGCUGCGGCUGUCACAGACCUUGUCAACAUCAAUGACUUGCUGGAUCUAGUCUUCAGUCAGCUCCCUCAAGGCACUGACCCGCGCAACGUCACAUCUAUCAUCGAGCAGCUCACCGGUGGUCUGGCCAGUACCAAUGGCAACUUCCGGCUGACUGAUCUGAUCCGGGUGCUCUCCGCGGAAGAGGAGAAGCUCAAGGCCCGGGACGUCGAGGCACGUCAGACACGUGUUGACAGUGACACGGAUGGUGACAACACCGAUGGUGCUAACACCGAUGGUGACAACAGCGACUCUGAUCGCGGCACUGGCAGCCGGUCGAAGUCGAGGCGUCAGAAUGGCUUCUUCACCGACACUGACGGCGACGCCAGUGGCACAGACGACAACAACAGUGACACUGACGUCGGUCGUCGUAGUGUCAUGAAGCGCACGACCAAGAAGCGUCGCAGGACCAGCCGCUCUCGGCUCGCUUCUCGCCAGAACCGCGCUGGCUCCGAUACCGAUGGCAACACCACCGAUGGCAACGCCACCGUAACCGACAACGAUAGUGACAGUGAUGUUGCUGCCCGUCGCCGUGUCUCUCGGCGCUCUCAGAGCUUGACCUCUCGCAAGCGCCGCUCUGGGGUUGAGGCGCGCCAGACCCAGGUCAACACCGACACGGACGGGAACACCACCGACGCUAACAACUCUGCCACGGACGACAACAGCGACAGCGACAGCGACGUCGCAGCUGCCCGCCGGAGAAUCUCUCAGCGCUCAAUGAGCCCUGCGACCCUUGCAAAGAAGGCACGCCGUUCUGAGCUCCACGCCCGCCAGACCCGUGUAGAUACCGACACCGACGGCAACACGACUGAUGGAAAUAACUCUUUGACGGAUGGUAAUAGCACCAACAGCGACACGGAUGUUCCUCGUCGCGCGGCAAACCGUGUCUCGAGGAUGUUGGCUGCGCGCCGGCAGCGCAGGGAGGAAAGGCAGGCUGCUGCUCUUGCGGGCAAGAGGGCGGCGGAGCAGGAGAUCGAGGCUAGGCAGAAUGGAGCUGUGACGGAUACGGAUGGGAAUACUACUGAUGGAGGGAACACCACGGACGGAGAUAACAGCGCGAGUGAUUCGGAUGUUCCGCGGGUGACGAGGAGGUGGGGUUGGAGGAAUGGGAGGAGGGUGUAA